AUGUGCGACGACGAUGCGGGCGCGCUGGUAGUCGACAACGGCUCCGGCAUGUGCAAGGCCGGCUUUGCGGGUGAUGACGCACCCCGUGCCGUAUUCCCUUCCAUCGUGGGCCGCCCGCGCCAUCAGGGUGUCAUGGUGGGCAUGGGACAAAAGGACUCCUAUGUCGGCGACGAGGCCCAGAGCAAGAGAGGUAUUCUCACGCUCAAGUAUCCCAUUGAGCACGGCAUCAUCACCAACUGGGACGACAUGGAGAAGAUCUGGCACCAUACCUUCUAUAAUGAACUGCGCGUGGCUCCUGAGGAGCAUCCUAUCUUGCUGACUGAGGCGCCACUUAACCCCAAGGCAAACAGAGAAAAAAUGACGCAGAUAAUGUUCGAGACGUUUAACUGUCCCGCCAUGUAUGUUGCCAUCCAGGCAGUGCUGUCGCUCUAUGCGUCUGGUCGUACCACCGGCAUCGUGCUGGACUCCGGCGAUGGUGUUUCUCACACCGUACCCAUCUACGAAGGUUAUGCUCUUCCUCAUGCUAUCCUGCGUCUAGACUUGGCAGGCCGCGACCUCACAGACUAUUUAAUGAAAAUCCUGACGGAGCGUGGGUACUCAUUUACAACAACGGCGGAGCGAGAAAUCGUACGCGAUAUCAAAGAGAAGCUCUGUUAUGUGGCGCUCGACUUCGAGCAGGAGAUGCAGACGGCGGCCGCGUCUACCUCACUGGAGAAGUCGUACGAGCUGCCCGACGGACAAGUCAUCACUAUUGGUAACGAGCGUUUCCGCUGUCCGGAGGCCCUGUUCCAGCCUUCGUUCUUGGGCAUGGAGUCGUGUGGUAUCCACGAGACGGUGUAUAACUCGAUUAUGAAGUGCGAUGUGGAUAUCCGCAAGGACCUGUACGCGAACACGGUACUGUCCGGUGGUACGACUAUGUACCCCGGUAUUGCCGACAGGAUGCAGAAAGAGAUCACCGCUCUCGCACCUUCCACCAUCAAAAUUAAGAUCAUCGCACCCCCCGAGAGAAAGUACUCUGUAUGGAUCGGUGGCUCUAUCUUAGCCUCGCUGUCCACCUUCCAACAGAUGUGGAUUUCGAAGCAGGAGUACGACGAGUCCGGCCCCGGCAUCGUGCACCGCAAAUGCUUCUAA